AUGUCUGCGUCUUUAGCCCCCGAAUGCAAUGAAGUCAAGGAGCGCUACGAUACAUGCUUCUUGAAAUGGUACAGUGAGAAGUACCUGAGAGGCACCGGCACAGACAACAAUGAGUGCGCCGAUCUAUUCAAGAACUACCAAAAGUGUUUAACGGUCGCUCUCAAGGAACGCGGCAUAGACAAGCUGCUGGAUGAGGCGCGGGAAGACCAAAAAGACAACGAUGCGACAUACAUGGGACGUAAAUGUGAGUGCUGCGUCAGAAUGCUUCCCAGUUGCUGCAACGUGUUCUUGGAGAGGAGAAUCUGA